UGCAAGAACACGAAUAUAGGACUGUGAUAACUGUACAUUACUAGAGUUGGACAAACAGUCUCGAGAUCCAACCAAAUAACCCGACUAGUCUAACUAGGGCUGGGAGGCUGUGUAGAGUGGAGUUGCACUGCAUCAAAGAUCGUCCGCAGGAUUCCUGCGCGCCCAUCGUGCAACCAACAGAUUUCGCGCGAUACCACUUAACGUUCCAUCCGUGCCUCUGUGCCUCUCCGCCGAAUAUUCCAAGGCCAGAGUAGCAAAACGUUAAAAACUCAUUCGGGAAGCGUGGUGGUGUCUGGGGUGGUGAACGAUGCGACGGUACGGCGUGAUCCGAAUAGUGUCGUUUUCCAUCCCGGUUCUGGUGUAACACUGCAGUUGCGGCCAAUAUCGCAUAAUGCUUCAAGACCAAGGGACGAUGCGACACUGGAAGGUUAACACCCUAUUAGGUAAAGUACCUACCUACGCAGGUAAGCUUACAUGUAAGCCUGUGAUCCCACGACCUAUCAGCCGUCUUAGCGGCGGCACAUCUCUAUAAUCUGGGUCUUGCAUACAAUUGGAUUCGUUUACUUCAUUACUGUGGAAUGCUAUAUCACCCUCUUCUAUUCGAUUCGAAGGUCAGUUCACCGACAAAGUGUUUCUCCUCCAAAAACUGUACGGUAUUGUCACGAUGGCGUUGGAAGUGCCAGCAGGAACCCCCGACCUCGGCCCGGGCGUGGUGGCGAUGUGUGCGGUCUUGAUGGUUCUCAUCUGUCUCUCGACGAUUACUCGGAUCCUCUCGAAAGUGAUCGUGAAGCAGCCUUGGUGGUGGGAUGAUUUCUUCGCCCUCAUUUCGGUGCCUAUCCAGCUCACUCUAUUCGGAAUUAUCAUAACCUGGAGGAACAUUGGGCUAGGACUUCACGCAGAAGUGGUGGCGGCGCAGAAUCCGCUUUACCUUGUGCAGGGCGCAAAAUACCUCUACAUCGCCAUCUUCUUCUUCGACAGCUCGAUCACCUUCCCUAAACUAUCGGCUAUCUGCUUCUACGCGCGUGUCUUCCGCUCGAACAACAAAACUUUCAGGAUUCACCUCUGGGUCGUCGGCUCACUCGUGGUGGGCUGGCUAAUUGCGUCUCUCAUCUCAACUAUCUUCCAAUGCUCACCUAUCGAGAAAGCAUGGAACUCGACGCUUCCGGGAACCUGCAUCGAUACUUUUGCUUGGUAUCUGAGCACAGCCGCCCUCUCCGUAUCGAUUGACUUAUAUAUCUUACUACUACCAGUACCUAUGAUCUGGGCGCUGAAGCUGAGCUUGAAACGCCGUAUUUACUUGUUGGCCGCCUUCUUCCUGGCCUACUCCGUCAUCGUUCUCUCCGUCGGCCGCAUGAUCUCGACGAUUAACCUCAUUCCCAAUCUCGCCGCGGACUUAACUUGGAACAUGCCCGCCUACCUUUACUGGGCGUGCACUGAGGGCGCUCUCUCGUUGAUUAGUGUUAGCGUGCCCAACAUAGUCGGGUUGGUUAAGGCACUGAUGGGGCCGCGGUGGCCGGGGACCAAUCCUAAGAGCAGUAACAGGCACACAGACCCGGAAUCUUUGAAGUACGGGGCCUCGGCGGGUGUUCACGCAAGCCAGUCUUUUGCAGGGGAUCGCGAUGGCUUCGAGCGGCUUGUCAGCAGCACGGGGUCUAUCGCUUCGGGAAUAAACGAGCAGAAUGGGAAAGGAGCGCUAAUAGCGCUGGAUAGGAUUCAUGUAAAAACGCAGAUCACUGUUGAUAGAGUAUAAUACCGGUCCCUGGAAGGGAUCAGCGAGAGACCGAGGGCCCCCAAGGUUCACUGAUACAAUUCAUCAGGGGGGGUCACCACGUGUAGAUAAGUUAAAAAGAGCUUACUUUGAGUACAUACCAAAAGUCGGGACCUUUCGGCCCCCAAAACAAAUUAG